GGGCAAUCCUGGAGCCCUCCUGGGUAUAUCCUGAACCGUCUUGGAGCCCUCCUGGUCGCCUGGGAUGUCUCGUGAGGCUCCUUUGCUGCCCCGGGUGCCUCAUGCCCGUCCCUCCCUCCGCUGCGCUUCCCCUGCCAGUGCCCGCCUGUCGGGCCCUCGCCCGAGUGCGGCCUUGGCAGGCGCGUCUCCGACGACGCCAGGACGAAGCUCGUGAAGCAGCACCUGACUUACGAGCCCAAGAAGCGCUGCACGGCGAAGGCGGCGUUGAGUGACGUCUGGAUCGUGGAGCAGGCCCCGAAGGCCAAACUCGAGUCGCUUCACCACCCCGACCUGAUCGAGAACCUUCAGAAUUUCAGGAACCACAACAAGCUGAAGAAGGCAGCGGUUCACGCGGUUGCAGGUCAGCUCGGGGACGAGCAGAUCCAAGAUAUGCGUGAGUUGUUCUUGGCCCUCGACAACGAUGGCGAUGGCCAGCUGACCGCCACGGAGAUCAGGGCCGGGCUGCAGAGCGCCUCGAUGGCAGUGCCGGCGAAUUUGCAGAAGGUGCUCGAGGCCGUAGACUCCGACGGCAGCGGCGUCAUCGAUUACACAGAAUUCUUGGCAGCUGUGAUCGACCAUCGCGUCUAUUCCCAGGAGGACCUGUGUCGGGCUGCGUUCAAGCUCUUCGACAAGGACGGCGACGGGACCCUCUCUCCCGAGGACCGAGGUCCAGGCUAUCCUGGGCGAGGGCACCUUCUGCGAGGGCAUGGGCGUGGACUGCGUCGAGGACGUGGCUCACAUAAUGAGUGAGGUGGACACGAACGGCGACGGGUCGAUCGACUUCGAGGAGCCCGGGCACGCGGCAUGGCGGAAGCCAGGAGGCGGACGCUAUCGAGUUUAUCGGUCUCCUCGUCGCCGAGACAGUCGGUGCCCAUCUCGCGGGAGGCCUAUCCGUCGAAGGGGCACGCCUCGCCGGCAUCCGCCACAGCUGUGGACAGAUCGCUGCUGCCCGCUGCGGCUGGGAGCUGCGCUGGCCAGGCUGUGCGGUUGAGGUGGGAGUUCUUCGUGAGCGAGACCGCCCUGAACCGUGUACCUCGUGUUUCCGCACGGCUGACUUGCCGAGUUCGGCGCCGACAUUUUGAUUGUUCCAUGUCGUGAUUGUUUGGGCCCCCUGUGGUCUGUGCUCUGUCGUAGGCGACCCAGAGAGGCUUGUAGAGUCUGGUGGUGAAGAGGCCCUGUGUGGGGGCGGCGUGGCAGUUGUCGCGAUGCGUUUCUGGAGGCUCGCGCCGCGUGCACGGUGGCGGAUUUGAUCACCCCCUCUUUCUUCUUGUUGAUUGUUAGGUCGGGGCACGGUGCGUUUGCCAGCCAUAUUCGUGAGAUUGUUGGCCGGGACGCGUUGGAUAUCGCGUCACUGUCGGCCAGUUCUUUUUGUCAGCUUCUAAUUGUAGUUUGGCUUGACGAAUCGUGUGAUGAAUCCGUGGCAGCAGUUGAUGACAAAA